GAAACGUCAACGAGGUAUGCUUUGGCGCGUGAACUGUCAUUUGAUGGUGAAGCCAAAGCAUAACAUUGCGCAUUUAGCUUCAAUAGCAAGCUGGUACGUGAAAUGGUAUUUGUUCAGCGUAUGUGAUUAUUAUUAUUGUUAAAAGAAUCGAUAAGAAUUGCAGUUCGUGUGAUUUAGUUCCAUUUUUUUCAAGUUGAAAAAUGGACCAAACGCAGUGUCAAGAUGAGGUACUCAAACUAAUCGGAGUCAUUGAGCCUCACACAAUCGCUUCGUUGGCACGAAUCAGAGAGCAUCUGCGAUGCUCCGGCUUGGAACUUGACCAGUGUAAACAGCAGUUCCUGGACCAAAUGAAUGAUUGGAUGACUAGAGUCUUCGAUCGCCUUCAAAGCCAGUCAGAGAGCCAAGAAAAUGAUGCUACAAAUUACAGAGAAGAAGUUGACAUUGACCAAAGAGAGAUCGGCAUGGAUAAAGAAGAGGUUGACACGGAAGAAGUGAACAGUAAACAUGUGGAAACAGAAUUCCGAUGUCCACAAGAUGAAAAAGCGACCGAUGAAUCGAAUUGUGCACCUAAUAUCGCAGCAAACGAAGUUGUCAAAGGCCAAAUUUUGGGUGAAGAGAUACAAUCAACUGAAGAGAAACUUUCGGAAGAAAUUUAUCAGAGCAUGGUUGAAGUUGGCGUAGUAAUGAAGAGUGAUUAUCGAGUCAUUGACGAAAUUGUCGACAAUUGCAGCAAUCGGUCGUCAUUAGACGAGGUACCGGCAUUUACGACAGCUUCAAUUGACACUAUCAACGCUCUAGAGAGCAUCAGCACCAUAGACAGUAUUAAUGCUUUGGAAGAACUGCGCCCUGAAAACAGCUCAACCAAUCCAUCUGGUGAGGUGGUUACUAUUGGCCAAAGUGACACUGACGUACCGAUCCAAAUGCCAGACUUACUCAUGAACCUUGCUCCGGCCAUGGAACCGAUCACGAUGAGCCAAGAACCGGUCACGAAGAGCCAAGAAGACAGUUUGACACUUAAAAGAAAAAGUUCUAAUGAAAUAAUCGAUGAAACAAUGGCUAAGAAACUCAAACAAGAUGAUAAUACAGGCCACGAUACCGCCGUCAAUCAAAUGAUGUAUGGAUGUGCUCAUUGUUUAGAAGCAGCCGAGCUCCAGCUGUCUGUGAAAGAGGUGCAUCAACAUUGGCAAACGGUUCAUUCAGCAGAGUUGAAGCCAUUCCAAUUCUACGUCGUUGCCAAAGCGCGUUGUUUCUACUGUGAUUUCGUGGCGAGUUUUGGAGAUAUAGCAAAACAUCACCAGGUGCAACAUUCAUUCGAGCCAUUUGCUGUUGUCAAUAUGAAUGACGAUUCCACGUGUGGAAUUUGUGCAUCGCAAAAAUCCGAUUUGAUCGAGCACUUCAACAACGAGCACGAGUCGAUUGCACAAAGUGACAUCUCGAAUCCAAUUUUGCUGGACGAUAACAUGCUGAUCAAACUUUUGGCUUACAAUUCCAAUCGAUAUCAAUGUGCCAAUUGCGAUCGAGUCUUCGAAACACAGCUCGAAGUAGAAUUUCAUCAUACUAUCGAACAUGUUGAUCAUGAGAUGGCCAUGCGUAUUGUUGACCAAACACUUGAACCGUAUUUGAUUUGUGAUUAUUGUCAGGCCAAAGUCAUCGAUCGAGACAAGUACUUGAAUCACAUCGAAGAACAUUGCUACGUGUUCAAGUGUUCGAAAUGCGAUUUCCAAACGGAAAAAAUGAUCGAACUUGUUGGCCACGAUAAGAAAGAGCAUCGAAGCAACUCGCUAAAUUUUCAUUGCCUCCAGUUUUGUGAACUGUUGAAGAAGCACUUUGCAAACACAAAAGUCAUUUUCCCGAAUGGGUUGCUUCUGUUCAAUCACCAAUUGACCGGCACCAAAUUUGGCAAUGGACAAAUUUUAUUCGAUCUUUUCAUCGAAGAGUUGAUAGACAUCAUUCGGCAAAAAUACAAAUCGGAGCAUGGAACGAAUGAUAAAAUCGAUGAUGGGAAUGAACAUGAGACCAUGGCAGCUGAAAAGACAGGUAUUCCAAAAGUAAAACGUCCACCAAUUUCGGCCAGAGCCUUCAACAUGAAAGAAUUACGUGCACAAAAUCGGCUCAUCAACAAUCUCUGCAUUUACGGCAUCCCGUACUUUGAGAAUGAGAAUAAAAAUGCCAUUUUCCUGAACAUGUGUUCGUUGCUACAGGCAAAUGUCAGCCAACGAGACAUUGUGAAGAUAACCCGAGCGCCCGGUUGGAACGCUUUACUCAUCGUGGAAUUGAAACAAUUCGAGGUGAAACAGAGAAUUCUGCACUGUGCCUAUAUGAAACCGCUGUGGUCAUCCGAUUUGAUUCAUUUGCCGGUUGAAGUGCCGAGAAAGAGGGUGUUUGUCAACAUUCACACAACCAAAUUCUACGGGAGAAUGGCCAAAAUCGCCAAAAACGCCAUGAGAAACAAUACAUUGCACAUUUUUUGGAUCACAAGGUACGGAUUCCUGGUGAAACGUACCAAAAACAGCCAAGACAAAAUCGUUUUGUCACCCGAUGAACUCGUUGAUUACAUCAAGCAACGCACCAAAUCAACCAUCAACCGAGAAAAACAAUUUUAUCGUUCUAUUGCAUGGGUUUCGACGUCGAAUGGUGAUUCGGCAAAUGGGAAAUUGGGAACAUUGGUACGGCCAUAAGUGGAUUAUUCGUAUCACAAUAAAUUUUUUCGUACGAAAUUUUUUUUGCCCUUAAAACUAGGCUUAAAAUUGAUUUUUCAACAAAGAAUUGAUCAUAUAACAUGAAAAGAGGUUUCCUAAAUAUUUGCAUAACUAAUUUUAGCUUCAAAAAUAAUUGUCAUUAGCAAAAAUCAUAUUUUUUGAGUUAAAAUUUGGGCUCAAAAUUAAUUCAAGCCAACAUUUUUUAUGGCUUUAGUUUCGGUAUUUUACAAUUCAAACAAAAGUCCAUAAAUUUUACGAAAAAAAUCCAAUUUAUUUGUGAAAAAAUCUUAUUUUGCACCCAAAAUUUAGAAUUAGCUAUAAAAAUGCCCCACUUCCGUAUUUCAAAAUGUGAUAAUAAUCUAAGCGAUCAAAAAUAAUGAUUAUUUUUUAUUUAGGUUUUUGUAUUGCCUCAAAUGAUUCAUUUGAUUAAUCAGUCACUGAUGUUAUGGUAAAAUUUUCAUUUUGGUAUUUAAAACAAAUUGAGAAAACAUCGAAUUGUUAUUGAUAAAUAGCCGAAGAAACAAAUAUUUACCGUACCGAUUCGAAAUAUUCCAUAAUAUUGAAAUAAAAUGAAAAAUAAAAAAUGUUUUUAGAAAGAAA